CAUCGCUAAGUGGAUAAAAUAAAGUACCUUCCCUCGCUUUUUCACACUCUCACCUUACUAAUCCCAAUUAUCAGCAAAAGCAACAGCCAACGCACUGUCUCUUUCUUUGAUGCGCUUACUCUUUUCUCCGUCUCGUUACCCAAUCAAAACUCUCUUCCAACUCGCUCGAUUCCCCCUUCGAAUCUACUCAUCGCCACUUCCACCGACUCGGAGAUCGUCAAAUCCAAUGGCGAUCCCUCCAAAGUCUGCCGCCGCCGUUAUCCCCAUCGAGGAGGGUCUAGCGACGAGGUUCUGGAACAAGUUUCGUGGAGAAUCAGCGCUCUCUCUUUACUCCCCUUUUGCUCUUUGUUUGGCUUCUGGGUCUCUCAAGAUCGACACUUUUCGUCAUUAUAUUGCCCAAGAUGUACACUUUCUCAAAGCCUUUGCCCAAGCGUAUGAAAUGGCAGAAGACUGUGCAGAUGAUGAUGAUGCAAAGUUAGCAAUCUCUGAGUUAAGGAAAGGUGUCUUGGAGGAGCUAAAAAUGCAUAAUUCCUUUGUACAGGAGUGGGGUUCUGACUGUGUUAAAGAGAGCCCGGUCAAUUCUGCAACUUUAAAGUAUACAGAGUUUUUGCUUGCAACAGCUUCUGGGAAGGUUGAAGGACUAAAAGCUCCCGGAAAACUUGCCACUCCAUUUGAGAAAACAAAAAUUGCAGCAUACACUCUAGGGGCCAUGACACCUUGCAUGAGGCUGUAUGCCUUUUUGGGUAAGGAGUUUCAGGCACUUCUAGAACCCAAUGAGCUCAAUCACCCAUACAAAAAGUGGAUUGAGAAUUAUUCUUCUGAAAGUUUUCAGGCAUCAGCUCUGCAAACUGAAGACUUGCUGGAUAAACUUAGUGUCUCUUUGACAGGCGAGGAACUAAACAUCAUUGAGAAGCUUUAUCACCAGGCCAUGAAACUGGAAAUAGAGUUUUUCUAUGCUCAACAGCUUAUUCAGUCCACUGUUGUUCCUCUUACUAAGGAACAUGACCAUGCACAAGAUCGUCUUAUGAUAUUUUCUGAUUUUGAUCUUACUUGCACAGUUGUUGAUUCAUCUGCCAUUUUGGCAGAGAUAGCCAUAGUAACAGCCCCAAAAUCUGAUCAGAUCCAACCGGAUGGUCAAAUUGCUAGGAUGUCAUCUGCAGAGUUGAGGAACACAUGGGGUCUACUUUCCAGACAAUACACAGAAGAGUAUGAAGAAUGCAUAGAAAGCAUUUUGCCCUCGGAGAAAGUGGAGUUCAACUAUGAAGCUCUGCAUAAAGCACUUGAGCAACUCUCAGACUUUGAGAAAAGGGCAAAUUCUAGGGUGAUUGAGUCAGGGGUACUUAAGGGUCUAAACCUUGAAGACAUUAAACGAGCUGGUGAAAGACUGAUUCUUCAAGAUGGUUGCAUUAGUUUCUUUCGGAAAAUCACAAAGAGUGAAAAUAUUAAUGCCAAUAUCCAUGUUCUUUCUUAUUGUUGGUGUGGUGAUCUCAUCCGGGCAGCUUUUGCUUCAGGGGGUUUAGAUGUUCUGAACGUACAUGCAAAUGAGUUCAGUUUUGAAGAAUCAGUAUCUACAGGCGAGAUUGUUAGGAAAGUGCAGUCUCCUAUCGACAAGGUUCAAGCUUUCAAUGAUAUCUUACAGGACUGUAGCAAUGACAGAAAGAACUUGACUGUUUACAUUGGAGACUCGGUAGGUGAUUUGCUUUGUCUACUUAAAGCAGAUAUAGGUAUUGUGAUUGGAUCUAGCUCAAGCCUAAGGAAAGUAGGGGGUCAAUAUGGUGUUUCUUUUGUCCCAUUGUUCCCUGGCUUGGUUAAGAAACAGAAGGAAUAUGCUGAAGGGAGCCCUUGUAUUUGGAAGGGGCAAUCAGGAAUUCUUUACACUGCCUCUAGUUGGGAUGACAUUCAUGCCUUCAUUUUGGGGUGGUAAAGAAUCUUUUUUUUCUUUUUUCUUUUUUUUUCAUUCACAUGCUCAUCUUCAUGUUUAGUUAGGACAUAUGAAGGAAUUAUUCAUAUAGAGGCAGGAAUUUCUAUGGAAGCAAUGAGGGCAGCAAUCCAGAAAAACCUUUUUGAUAGUAUUGGGUAGCUGCCCCCAUUGAAAUCUCGAAAAAGAAACUUUUUGACAAUAUUAUGUAAUUACCACAACUUUAAGUAAAGUUUUGAUUUUGCUC